GGAGGUCGAGACGCACGGCAUGAACGAGCAUCCGGACUCCCCGGUCGUGCCCCGGUCGGCUGUGAGUACUGUCACGGGCACGGCCGUGGCGUCGCAGAGCGUGCUCGGCGGGCCCAUCAACCUCGCGGGGAGCCAGGCCUCGCAGGCGGAGCCGUGGCGCGCGGUGGGCACGGGCCACCUGGCGUCGCUGCCCGAGGUGCCGCCCAAUCCGCCUACGCCUGCCCUGCCCGAGGCGCCCGCGACCUCGCCGCCCACGCCAGUGGUGUUCUCCGCCCCGCCGACGGCGGCGCAGCACGGCGCGCCGGUGGUGCGGCCCCCGCCGGCGGUGCAGCAGCCCGCGCUGGUGCAGACCACCAGGCUCUCGGAGCCCGUCGCGACGCAGAUGCUCACCCCGGCGAUGCCGCCGAGGCUGUUCGCAGCGCCCGCCACGGUGGUGCGCGAGCAGAGCGCGCCGCCGCGCUGCCGGGGCAUCGCCCCCCCCGCGCUGCUGCACGCCGACCUCGGCCCGCCCCGCUCGCUGUCGCCGCUGCCGCGCGCCCCGACGCCCGUGGGCUCCGCCGCGGGCGUGGUCUGCUGCACCGCGUCCGUGCCCACGGGGCAGGCAGUGGCGCCGCCCCUGGUGGAGAUCCCCAUGGCGACCGUGCAGAUCACGGGGCCCGACCUCGACCGGGACGGGAUCCCGGACAUCCUGCAGCAGGGAGCCGCCGCGCGGGGCGGCGUGGGCAGCACGCGCAACCUGGAGCC